AGAAAUAGAACCCACCUAUGCUCAGUCAAUGUUUGGUCACAUGACACCGCGAUGGUGGAUGUACCAGUAUGAAGAAGUGGAAGAAAAUCUUGUACGAAGACCAAGGAUUUCCAGACCAUUAUGUGGAUGACACAUUCUUAGACGAGUUGAAAAAGAAUUUACACACAAGAAAUUAUGAAUAUUGGCGUGUUGUUAAAGAGUCUGGUGUAGUCACCCAGCAGCUUUGUAGUGUAUGUAUAUUUGUGAUGGUGUUCAUUUUCAUGGAUGCAAAAGUGUUGGCAGCAGAGACGCUUGUGUAUAUAUCAGGUGGACUUACUCUCCUUGGUUACCUCAUCAAUUGUCUGUUACAACACAGCACGCAAACCAAAAGAACCUUUAAAGAUGACCUGAAAACAGUUAUGAUAUUUGCCGGCUUCAGUUACUGUUUGUCUCCAGUACUUGUGUCACUGACAGAAACCAUAGCAACUGAUACAAUAUAUGCCAUGACAACUGUUAUGUUGCUAGCCAACCUGUGUUUCCAUGACUACGGAGCAGAUGCAGAAAUGGUAUCUGGAGUGUUAUCAUUGAAUGCAGGGUUGUUUGCCUCAGUUUGUCUCGCCUCCCGUCUACACACCAGUCACCAUUCAUUUGCCACUGUUACUUUCGCUGUUGAACUGUUUGCUCUAUGGCCAGCUUUGAGAAGAAAUCUAAGGCAACAUAUGCCAUCAUCUCAUGUUGCCAUGACAACAGUGCUGACCUUGUUGACUCUGGGAAGCUUGUUCUGUGUAUCACUGACGGCAGCCAUCUUGUUGUUUAUAGCUGUAAUCUUUAUCACAUUUAUAUGUCCAGCCUGGCUGAUCACCAUACAACCAUACAAAAAUAACAUCCAUGGGCCUUGGGAUGAAGCAGUAAUCAAGGAAUGAAAGAAAGGGAUAAAUCUCUGUCAAGGAACAGAAUAAACCUUCAACAAUCACUGAGCCAUUGAACAAAAUAAAUAGGGAAUGGAAGAUAGCCCAUGUCUACAAUGGGAUGAUAGAAAAAGUAGAGGAAAAUAUCUGAACCCUGGUACAUGGAUCAAUUGUUGGAAGCAUAUAGUAACGCCUUACACUAGGCAUCAAUUGUUGGAAGCAUAUAGUAACGCCUUACACUAGGAUCAAUUGUUGGAAGCAUAUAGUAACGCCUUACACUAGGAUCAAUUGUUGGAAGCAUAUAGUAACGCCUUACACUAGGAUCAAUUGUUGGAAGCAUAUAGUAACGCCUUACACUAGGCAACCAUUUUUCGGGGAUGCAGUUGAUCGAUAUGGAUUGUAUUUUUGUAACUAGAAGUUUGUAGUGACACAGUGCUCCAUUAAUUGCACUUAUUAACCUGCAUGUGUUUUUCCUGUGGGAUGCAUAGAGUCUACUAAAUGUUUCCAGUGUAAUGAGUAUGUGUAUGGGUCACAAAAGCUGAAUUUAGUAAACACAGGUUUGUUUAUGUCAUGUAAUUAUGACAGCAUUGAAAUAUGGAAAGAUGGUGAAGACAGUGGACAGUGAAAAGAUCGUGGAUUGAUGAAAACAACAUGAAAUUAAAGGGAAUCCUAUCCGAAUUAAUGACAGAUAUUAUCAUCAUUUUCAAAACUGAUGAAAAUGUAUUAAGAGUUUUAAAAACUAUAAAUGAAUGUGAUUCAAGUAUGUGUUUUUCAUCUGUUUUACAACUUCAUUGUGGUUAAAUGAAUAUCACCUGGAGCUGCAUGGUUAAUGUUGUGUUUAGGUUUUAGCUGUCCAGAGGGCCUCAUACUUGCGGUGAUCUCCUUGUGCCCACUGAGGGUCAUCCUCAUUUACAUUUUUACUGUUAACAGACAUUCCUUUCAAGUAAUUGAUUAAAUUAAUGAUCAAUUACUUUAUGACUACUGCAAAAUUUAAGUGGUGGAUUAUGGUUAUUUUUGAUGAAAGUAAUCAUGAUCUGUGAUUACUUCUCCUGUAAAUGUCAGGUUGAACACAGAUCAGUACAUCUUUAUUACUAUUUCAGCAAUGCAUUGAAUAUUGUGAUAACAUUACUAAGUUUGAGGUUGGUGAGAUAUAUACCGAUAUGAAUGUUUUGCAAUGGUUGCAUGAAAUUGUGUUUUCAUAGUUCAUCAUCACAAUUCAAAAUAAGCAUGCAUCCUAAAUUUAUUAAUUGCCUGAUCUUAUAGUAGCGUUCACAGCCACCUUAUCAGUAAAUAUUAAGAAUAUGUUCAUUAUAGGGCAAUAUUUAUGCAUAACAAUAGAUGGAUUAGAGAGUACUGAUAUAGCACACUAGAGUGUACUGAUAUAGUGCACAUUCUUGUAAUACCCAUGAAUUUUAAAGGGUUAUGUUAACAUUUGUAACAUGAAAACUGUCCAUUUUAUAAAGUCAUUGUAUCAAUAAGUAUUUUACUAGUUCUCAACACAUAAUCAAAAUGGAAAAAAAAAUGUCUGUGAUAUGCCAUAGACAGUAAUUUAACUGUAGUGGUACAUCUUUAAUCAUGAAAAGGUGUAAAAUAAGGAUACAGUUGGUUAUUAAAUAAUAUACAAUGUACUAA